GAGCAUUUGUCAUUAUCCCUCACAGUGGCCUGAAUUUUGAGUCAACAAAAUCAUUUGCAUCCCUCUCUCUCUCUCUCUCUCUCUCUUUGAUCUUCUCCAUUGAUGAGCUUAAAAAUGCCCAACUCCCCAUUUCUCUUCUUCACCUACUUUCCUUGUACAUACCCACCUCAAAAACAACAACAACAACAGAGCAUCCUAGAUCAUUAACAAUCAAUAUCCCAAAUGGGUUUCUCAAAAGAAGAGAAAUCUAAGCGUUUAUGGAGAGGAAUCAAGACCCUUUUCUUCUUAAUCACUAUGCUGAUUUCCCUUCUCCUGUUCUCUGCCCCUGUUCUUCUUGUCCUUGCUGAUGCCCUUCUUCCCUCUGCUCUUCUCUCUGCUUCUCUUUAUCCUUACUCUUUUUCCCUUAAAUCCCUUCCUUCUUAUCUCAGUAACUACGAUUUUCGAUCCUCCCUUGUUGAUAUCCCUCUCAUUUCUUUCAUACGAUCCGCUAUCAUUAUCUGUGUUUAUAGCUUUUGCGAUGGGCCGAGGCUCUCGCAUGGGCCGUAUUUGGGGAUUACUACGUUUUGUUCUGUGAUUUCCUUGGUGUUUGUUUCGUUGAAGGCUUCGUUUGUGUUUAGUGGCGGGUUGAGAGAUGUUGGACGAGGAGGAUAUGUGAGAAGUAUGGAGGUGGCUUUGUUUAUGUGUUCCUUGGCUUUGGCUGUUGGCCAUGUUGCUGUGGCGUAUAGGACGAGUUGUAGAGAGAGGAGGAAGCUCCUUGUUUACAAGAUUGAUAUUGAAGCGGUUUCUGCUUGCAAGAGUGGUUUCCCCAGGUACCAAAAGAUUCUUCAAGAGGAAAGGGUGAAGUAAAAUCACCAUCCCAGGAGAUCAGAACUUGUUUCCAUCUAACUUAUUUCACCCCGGUCUUCAGAUUUCAGGUGAGUUUAAGUUACAACAAGUCGACACGAAAUGUUCGAUCAUGUUGCUCUCGAAGUUGCUCGAUUGAGAUCUGAUUUCGGCCUAUUUCUUUGUGAAACAGAUUUCUAAGUAAUAACUUGAAAUCAGCUCAUCUGGAGAUUCAGGAGGUGCAAAGCUAACAUACACCAUGCUGUCUAUAAAUUUUUAGUUGUGUCACUAUUGAAUAUUAUAUAGAAAUAUACAAUUUUGCCUCAUAUUUAGCCAUCUAAGUUUAUCUGAUGUAAAAUGUAUACUGUAUAGUAUGGAUCAGUGCAAAUAAAAAAUGGUCAAGGGCCAUGUAACCUUAUGAUGUUCUGCGCCUGAUGCCAACUCUCUCUAGGUUUGUUUGUUGUCAUCUCGAGUUCUAGACGUUUGUUUCUGAAAUACUAUUCUGAUUUAUUGUA